CGCCCGCCCGCCCGCCGGGGGCCUGAGCGCUGACGGCGCGUGCGCGAGCGGUGCAGCACCGGCCGCGGGAGCCGGGAGUAUUAUGGGCUGUGGGUGCCGCCGAACAAGAUGGAGCUGUCUGCCGUGGGCGAGCGGGUCUUCGCGGCCGAGUCCAUCAUCAAGCGGCGGGUCCGCAAGGGACGCAUCGAGUACCUGGUGAAGUGGAAGGGGUGGGCGAUCAAGUACAGCACCUGGGAGCCCGAGGAGAACAUUCUGGACGCGCGGCUCAUCGCGGCCUUCGAGCAGAAGGAGCGGGAACGUGAGCUGUACGGGCCCAAGAAGAGGGGACCCAAGCCCAAAACUUUCCUCCUGAAGGCCCGGGCCCAGGCCGAGGCCCUCCGCAUCAGUGAUGUGCAUUUCUCUGUCAAGCCGAGCGCCAGCGCCUCCUCGCCCAAGCUGCACUCGAGCGCCGCCGUGCACCGGCUCAAGAAGGACAUCCGCCGCUGCCACCGCAUGUCCCGCCGGCCGCUGCCGCGCCCGGACCCGCAGGGGGGCAGCCCGGGCCUGCGGCCCCCGAUCUCGCCCUUCUCCGAGACCGUGCGCAUCAUCAACCGCAAGGUGAAGCCCCGCGAGCCCAAGCGCAGCCGCGUCAUCCUCAACCUGAAGGUGAUCGACAAGGGCCCGGCGGGGGGCGGCGGCGGCGGCGCGGGGGGCGCGGGCGCGCUGGCCCGUCCCACGGUGCCCUCCCGCAACCGCGUCAUCGGCAAGAGCAAGAAGUUCAGCGAGAGCAUCCUCCGCACCCAGAUCCGCCACAUGAAGUUCGGCGCCUUCGCCCUGUACAAGCCCCCGCCCGCCGCCCUGUCCGCGCCCGCGCCCGCGGGCAAGGCCGAGGCCGGCCCGGGGCUGCGCCUGCCCGCGCCCGCCCUGCCCGCGCCGCCGCCCUACGACGCCCGCAGCUCCGCCUCCUCCGGCUGCCCCUCCCCCGCGCCGCUGCCCCCCGACCCCGACGACGCGCCCCCCAAGCUGCUCCCCGAGACCCUGAGCCCCGCCAGCAGCCAGGCCUGGCGGGAGCCCGAGGUGCUGGACCUGUCCGUCCCGCCCGAGGCCCCGGGCCGGCGGGCGCCUCCCGACGCGGGCCGGGCCCCGACCCCAGCCCCCGACGCCGCCGCCGCCGGCGCCACCUCCGAGCCCGAGGCCGGGGACUGGCGCCCCGAGAUGUCACCCUGCUCCAACGUGGUUGUCACCGACGUCACCAGCAACCUCCUGACAGUCACCAUCAAGGAGUUCUGCAACCCCGAGGAUUUUGAGAAGGUGGCGGCCGGGGUUACGGGCGCUGCAGGGGGGGCGGGCAGCAGCGGGGUGAGCAAGUGAGGGGGGGCCGGGCCCUCCCAGGAGGGGGGCGCCCCGCCCCACCCUCCCACCUGUCUGCCUGUGCUUUGCUUGUCUCAGAUGGCUGGGGCUGGCCCUGGGAUGGGAUGGGAUGGGCAGGUGGCCCCCUCUCCCCCGGGGGCUGGGCAGUCCCGGACUGGGCGAGGGCAGGGGUGGGGCACAUUCCCUGAAAGUGCUCCCUCUUGUCUCAGGCAGCGUCCCUGCCUGUGCACAGUGGGACCCCAGAAGCUGGGGGUCACCUGCCCACCUCCCACCCCAUCUCUUCCCUAGCUUGCUUCUUGCUCUCUUGUACAGCGUCUGACCUCGGUGCUAACCCAGCAGCUCCGGGCUCGGUGGGGACCGCGGGCCCCUCGGGCACUGGGCAGCCCCAGCACGGCUUUCCGGUGCAUGGCAGUGCCCCAGAGAGCGCAGGCUCAGGCCGCAUGGCCCCUCCCUCCACACCAGCCAGGCCCCAGGCCCACUUUCUGGUUGCCUGCUUCUGGACCAGGCCCAAGCAGGCCCCCUCCUCCUGUCUUUCGGAAGCCCCUCUUGAAGGUGAGAGAGGCGGGCUGGGCUCCGCCUAAGGUGCUACGGGAGCCUGCCGUGGAAACGCAGCUCUUGGCGUGCUUUUACGUGGCUUCGCAUGUGCAUUGGAGGCUGGGUCCCCGCUUUUCCAUGGCUCAGAUUAGGGCGGCUAGAGGCUCAUCAAGGCCUGGCCUGGCCCUCCCUCCCCCUCCCAGCCCAGCUCCAUAGGGUCCAGGCCUUCCUCCUAGCCCAGGGGUCCUGGGGGCACUGAGCCCUGGGACCCCUCUCCUCGGGGUGGUCAGCCCAGUAGCCAGGCCUUCACUGCUGAUGUGACGUGUGGGGACAGGAGUAGACCCGGAGCUCUGCUCCAGCCCCCCCCCCCCCACUUCCUUUCUGAGUCUGGGGGAGGAGGGAGGAAGCCUCUCGCCCCUCCCACUGCUUCUCCUGACGGCUGGGGCUUGAGGCAGUGGGAGGCCCUCUGCCCUGGGCAGCUCCGGAGGCAGUCAUGUCAGCAGCAGAGACCAAAGCCUGGCUGUGGGCCUGGCCCAGGAGGGCGAGGCCAUCUCCCUAGGGCAGGACCAAGAUACACAGUCCUGCGUGUGACUUGAGCUAGCGUCCAGUGUUCGUGGCCAUUGGUACACUGCCCAGAAGCAUGCUCUGGAAAGGCAGGUGGGAGGUGAAAGGGAACGGUGCAGAUGAUUGACAGCGCCGUGGUCCUUAGGGGAGGGCUUUGCUCAGCCCCCCCAUGCCAGGGGCUCAGCCUAAGUAUACAACAGGGCCCCCACAGAGUUUUGAGGGUGACACUCCUGAGACACCCCCCCCCCAUCCUACCCUUUGUGUUAGCUCCGAGACCGUCCAAGUGCCAAUUGGCUUUUCCCCAAAAUAAGGGCUGGUGUUUCUCCUCUGCCCACGGAGGUGAUUCCUCCCGCCCCUCCCAGGUGUACUCCGCCUGGUGCCAGUUACAGGUGUUUGCAGAGACCAUAGAAAUGUGUUUUCCUGAGAGUCUGUGUCAUUUGUGACUUUUUUUGUAAAGAAAUUGUGUUUUCACAGGUGAUUUUAUGACAGGAAAGUGAAAGAAUUAGUUUUGCAAAAAAGAAAAAAACAGAAAAAAACAAUACAAAAAAAAAAACAAAAGAGGAAAAAAUA